GCAUUGUAGUCCCAGAGAGACUGGAGGGCUGGGGGGCACGGUGACAGGACACACCACUCCCUGGCCCGGCCCGGCCCUGGAGGCGCGGGUGCUCAGGGAGGGCCGGGCUCUGCGCGGCUCCAGGCUCUGACAUCCCGUCAUUCUCCCUCCCCCGCCCCCCACACACGUCGCAGCAAGUCUCUGUCUCUUUGUUCUCGCCGUGUCUCUGACACUUUAUCUCAUUAUCCGCCGGAGGGAGGCGGAGAGCGCGGACCCCGCAGCCUAAUUACAGCCGAGCUUGUCAGCGCAGGGGACAGGAGAGGUAUCAGCACCGGGGGAAGGAAUGGGGCCCUCAGAAAGGGCCCCCUCCCUCCCUAUACUCCCGAGGGGCCCAGCGGUGGGUGCACAGCUCGCCUCAGCCCAAGCUGCCACAGGGCUCUGGAAGGGAGAAGUGGGGAGCUCCACAGAACCCGGCUGCCCAAGGGGCAGCAGGGAGGGAGAGAGGGUAGAGGCUAGCACGGGAGUGGGGAGAGGUGGUUAGGGCUGGCUUCUGGGUGCCUGCGACCCAGUUCCCUAAAGACGGUGGCAGUGAGCCUUCUCAUCCUAACAGCAUAGCAUACACCUGAGUUGGCUGCGGACAUGGAGGCAAUCGCUCUACACUUCAGUUUCUGUGUCUUGUUCUCUUUCCUCCUCAAUAUCUUGUCUUUCCUUGUCUAUUUCCCUCACUCUAUUCUCUUCCUCUCCAUCACAGCCAGAGUCAUAGAUUGGCUCCACCUUCACCCCUACCCGAGGUAGGCAGGGCAAGCAAGUUUCUCAAGCCCCCAAACUUCACUGAGUGACUUACACUGUCCUGAGUCAGGUUUAAGAUACUCCCCGUUCCCCUGGCCUCCUAGUACUAUUCCAGGCCAGUCACCACACAGCUUGGAUAAACCACCAAGGGCUAGAGGGGCUGGGGCGGCUUUGGUUCUGUUGGCCUGUCUGUCCUCCUCCUCCUUCCACUACACUGAGGAGGGGACAGAACCAGGGCCUCCAGGAGCUGCUAGAUCCUGGAUGGCUCUAAGAGUGUCAGGGAAGCGUUGCAGAUGCCUGUAGCUCUUUUCUGGUCCCACCUGUGAACACUCCACACCUGCACUUUGCUGGAGGUCUGUCUGUCUACCUGUCUCAUGCUGAGUUCCUCUCCCUACCUCUGGAUCCUCUCUCAAUCAGAGCCUGGGUCAAAGCCCUGUGAGGCCUCUCCUUCAGACCAGCCCAGAGCCCCAAGUAUGAUGGUAUCCUGUGGUCCAGGGUGUGGGCAUCUGGAGGAGAGCGUGGAGGAGCAGAAAUCCCUCUGCUCCCCAACAAUUCUCCUCCCCGUUCUGAGCCUGGAACUGUGGGAAAAAAGACAGAUGGGCGGGGAUGGGGUGAAUCGGAGGCAGCCGGCCAGGCUGGGCAAGGUUGGGCUGGGCUGACCCCUCCCCAGCCGGGGGCGGAACCCCAGCAGGAGCGAGGGAGCCCAGCCGCUGGAGAGGAUCAGACGCUGGAGAGGCGUUAUGGCGGGAACUAGUCUCGGGGCCCGCUUCUACCGGCAGAUCAAGAGACAUCCCGCGCUCAUCCCGAUGAUCGGCUUCAUUGGCCUGGGCAUGGGCAGCGCUGCGCUGUACUUGCUGCGGCUUGCCCUGCGCAGCCCCGACGUCUGCUGGGACCGAAAGAACAACCCGGAGCCCUGGAACCGCCUGAGCCCCAAUGACCAAUACAAGUUCCUUGCAGUUUCCACGGACUAUAAGAAGCUGAAGAAGGACCGGCCAGACUUCUGAGCCUGGCUGAUGUGAGCAUUCCACUUAACCACCGUCGGCCAGCCUCCUCAUUUCUUCCACUCUGCUCCCAGGCCCCAGAGCACCCCUCUAGCCACCCUGUCCAGCUCCUGCAUACACAAACCCGGUUCCCACACGGUGGGGAGGCGGCCCCACCCCCACCCUCUUCCCUUACUCCCUGCAGCGGAAGCACCUCUGACCCUCAGCUUGAGUCCCACGCGGGGGAGGAGUUAGGAGGGUGGGCAGCAGCCGCUUUGCCCCGCUAACGGGGCCUUGGAGGGUGUGGCACUGGCUACGUGUUGAGCGUGGCUAACGUGAGCCAAGAGCAAGCAGGGGCCUCUGAGUGCCAAGCGACGUGGCAGGCCGCACAUUAGCUCAGGUUACAGGCGCCAGCCCAGGCGGAGCUGCUCGAUUGGGCUCGUCGCCUGCUGCCCAGCCUGCCCUGGAGGAGGCACCUAUGCUCAGGGAGGAGCAGCUCGCUCCUUCCUCCCUGUGCCCAAGCUGGCUGCCUCCCUACAAAACAGGCACCCCCUCCUGCCUCACACCUGAGCCUCCCCGCCAUCCUGCCCCUCCCUUGCUCCCUUCUGUCCCCUGGGAUCAAACAGAAGCAGCCGUGGGCAAAAUACAAUUUCAUUUAACAAAUUGAAUUUGCUGCGCCUGCUAAUCACGUCUGGUGUCGGCUCUGAUCAGAGACAGGGAGAGGAGGCUGCAGCCCCAGGGGUCCUUG